GUUUUUUUAAUUGAAGGUAAUUUGGCGAGUGGUAAAAAAGUAGGCUUUAGUAGUAAUACGUCAUAGUCUAGUUAGUACUCGAAUCCAUUUCGGGAUUAGUCAGGUCACAUCUUUGCUUUUUGUAUUGGUGUUUAGUGUUCUGUAUAAGUUUUUUAUAGGAUUUUUUCUUUUCAGUAAAAAUUGUCUUAUUCAUUAUAUAUGGUGAUUUAUAGGAGCAGAAUUAAGUAAUAAUGCUCAGACGUAUAUACAUAGUGAUUAUCCCAAAAUUUUUUUCCGAUAUGAAAAUUCUAACCAGUUUUGUUAUCGUUUAAAUAAGUUUAUUCACACUGAGUAUUAGAUAUAGUGCAGAAGAUUCGUAGCUCAGGUGGAUGAUUUUGGUAUAGUGUUCUCUGAACUAGAAGGUUUAGUUGCGAAGCAUUCAUUGUCUUACCAGACAAGCUCCUCGGCGCAUACUUCAAUUUGAAGUGAGCUUUUAAAAUUCUCCACGAGUUUACUAGUUAUCUUUCGUAAUAACCUUGAGCAUGAUUGGUCAAUUUGUAUUGGCAUCGAUUGUUUCCUUGGCCUGGAAUUUGACCUUUUGUUCAUGCUGUUUCCUUCUUAUGGAUCGGUAGGUCUUGUCUAUGUCGAUGUGCCUACUGAUUGCCGAUUCAGUUGAACACCAGGCUUCUAGAAAUAUCCAGGUGAUUUUGGUGUUUCUUCUGCCAAAGAUUUGGCCAUUAUCCCAAUUGAAUUAAUGUUCUUGGUUGUCUGUAUGCAAUGACAUUAGGGAGUAGAUAUCGCGUCUUUUGAUGGUCAGUUUGUGUUUAUGAAUACAAAGACGAAGAUGGCGUCGACUUUGGCCGGGGUAGUGUUUUUCACAGUCGUUGCAAUUUAUCCCGUAAAUGAUAUUGGUUUUGUCUUCUUUCUCUGUUGAGUCUUUUGGUUGACAUAGAGUCGAGCGAGGUCAUUUUGUUGGUUUGUAGGCUACAUCACUUCCUGAACGUUUGAUUAGCCUUGCAGUGAUUUCGGAAAUGUUUUCUAUUUGGGGUAGGACAAUUUCCUUUGUCUUCCCCUUAGGGACUUUUCGUUCGGUUGUUUGGGUUGAGGGUAGAUGUCUUUUGAUGAAGUUUCAUGGAUAUCCACUUUUCGGAAGACAGCCAUUGGGUAUUUUUCAUCAUUUUCUCUUAAGACAGGAGUGCAGCAAUGACUCCCGUUGCUGUUGUAAUUGAGAUCAAAUACUCAUUUCAAAUUGAAGUAUGCUCUGAGGAUGCUGUCUGGUAAGAUAAAGCCUUGCAACUAAACCAUCCAGUUUAAGGAACAUAACUAUGCCAAAAACAGCAUUUCACUAGUGUGGUCUCUUGUGCUUGCAUAAGAUUCUGUAGGAACUGGUGUGAAAAUAUUCAGGAUAAAGUCUAUAUAGACUGUAAUUUUCUGUUUAUUCACUCAUGUCCUAUAACAAUUUAGACAUCUUGUUUCCUACAACUUUGCCUUUUGUUAAGUCAUAAUCUUUCUGUACUGAUGUGAACCCAUAAGUGUUUGCUGUAAAUUGUCUGACUUCGUAUCUGUUUGUUCGCUACCAGUUUUAACUACAACAGACAGUUAUUGUGCUAGAGUAUGUGCUUGCUGUAACUCAACAGGUGUAUUUUAACUUGAAUAGAAAUACUAUGGAAAUACCUACCGAGAUUUCAUUUUUUUUAAUGAAGUAUAAUUUGUUAUUGUUACAGUAAUAUCUUUGACCUUCAAGUCAUAAUUCCUGUUUUCCAGGUUCGGAAACCUCACUUACGUCUACAUGAAAAUGCACAAGGUGAUAUUUAUUUGACUGGUGUAUCUACAAGACUCGUAUCAAGUUUAGAUGACACUCUUAAGUGUCUUCAUGAUGGCACGUUAGUUAGAAGUACAGCCAGCACCAACAUGAAUGCUCAGUCUUCGCGUUCACAUGCUAUAUUCACGCUGCACAUCAGACAGCAAAAGUUGUUGAAGUAUGAAAAUUCUAAUGAACAGAAAAAAUCGGAUACCCAAUCUGGUGUGGAUGUAGACCCUGACUCAACUGUUGUCGACCAGGUACCGGAAUACGAAACACUGACUGCGAAGUUUCACUUCGUUGACCUUGCUGGUAGCGAACGUCUCAAACGAACUGGUGCUACAGGAGACCGUGCAAAGGAGGGCAUAUCAAUUAACCGUGGUUUACUUGCCCUCGGUAAUGUUAUAUCUGCUUUGGGUGACAAAUCAAAGCGAGGUUGUCACGUACCUUAUCGUGACUCUAAACUCACACGUCUACUGCAAGAUUCCCUUGGUGGUAAUUCUCGCACAAUUAUGAUUGCCUGUAUAAGUCCAUCCGACUGCGAUUUCUUGGAAACUUUGAACACUCUUAAAUAUGCUAAUCGUGCACGUAAUAUUCGCAACCGUGUCAUUAUGAACCAAGAUAAAACAAGUAAACAGUUAGCUACAUUGCGCGCUCAGUUGGCUGCUUUAGAGGAAGAAUUAAAUGAAUAUAGACAGGGUAAACGGCUUGCAACAUCUAAUGGUACGGAAAGUUCGAGCGAUUUAUCUCGUGAAAUGGUCAUGUUACAAUCUGAAAAUAACAAACUUCGACUUCGUGUUAAAGCACUAGCUGUUACAGUAGAUGCUUUAAAAGUGCGAAAUGCCCAGCUUCUUGCUGAUCAGGAAACAUGCUCUUGGGCAACUUUAAAAUCCCGUAUGAUGGGAGUAGGGCGACAUGAUAAAUCUGAUGAUCAGAACAGCAAAGCAGAGUCUGAUAAAUCAUAUCUUGGUCUCAUAUCUGCCGAUGCAGAAGAUUUUCGACAUCUUGUUGAAAAGUAUACUGUUGAAGUCGAAGAGUUACGCACCAAAUUGGCUGAAGCUGAAGCACUAGUCGAAUUCAGUCAGCGACCGUAUACACAUACUUCAUCACAAGUUGGUCGUUUAUCAGGACGCCCACUUACAGCUAAUUCAAGUAGCUCGAAAAUUGAUUCAACCUUUUCAUCUACUCGAGUCGCUUUGACCAACGGGGAAUUCCCAGAUCUCGAUUCUAGCCUGUUAUCCGCUGCAGAAGCAGGAUUGUCUGCAGCAAAUAAAUUCUUCGAUAAUGAUGAAUUAACGGUGGACGCCAAUGCAUUUGAAUGUUAUCCUCUCAGAAUUCGUAAAAGUCGACGGAAAAAGAGACACAUUAACAGUUCUCAAAGUGAAGAACGUAAACCUCUCAAGUCAAAAAUGACUAAUGUUGCUGCUUUUUCUGACAUUGAAAAUUCCAAAAGUAGUAAUUCUCGGAGGAGAGGACGGCGGACCUUGUUAUCUAAUGAUACAGACAGCACAGCAAUUGAGGGACUCUGUGAUGAAGAUCGAGAGAAUGAGAAUGAUAGUGAAAAUGUUGAAGAUGAAACUCUUUUGGGUAAUGAUGCAACAGAAUUAAGUGAUUCAUGUUCGGAUAGUGAUUCAAAAGAUUCUAUCGAUGAAAAUAUCUUGAUGGGAAGUAUGAGUGAUCAUACUAGCGAUAAACCGCAAUGUGGGUUGAAAGAAGCUCGACUGCAUCAGAGUUUAGCCCAUGUAUCCUCUGAGAUUGACACUAAGCAAAGGUUAAUUGCUGAGCUGCAGUCUAAGGCUGCCGAACUCAAUCAUUUGAAAAAUCACUAUGAACGUCAAAUGGCAAGUCUUCUGUUUCGGAUAAAAGAGACGGAACGUGAAAGAGAUUCAAUAAUUGCUAAUCUCGGUCAAAUAGAGCACAGUGGCGAAGAGAGGUUAAAACGUACUCGAGAAGAGUUUGAAAAGAAAUUAUCCAUAUUACAAGAAGAAGUUUCACAACUUCAUUUGUCCCGCCAAGAACAAAUUCGUCUGGAACGACAGCAGUCUAAGAAAAAUGAAGAGUUACGUCUUUUACGACAAGAACUCGAACAACUGCGAAAAUACAAAAUCGAUCUAACUAAACGUCUAAGAGAAGAAACCCAGCGUACUCGUCACUUAGAAGCUUUGUCGGCCAAACGUGUUAUGGAGUUGAAAAAAGCCAAAUCACAAGCUGAUAAUCAAAUAAAGACACUAGAAGCAGCUCAUUCAGCUAAAGACCGUGCUUUGCAACAGAAACAAGCUGAGUUAGAUGUUCUUAGGCGGAAGAAUAUUGAACAGCAAAGACAAUUGUCCUCUUCUUUCAGUGGUCGUAUGUCUCAGAGUGUAUUAGGAAUGACAAGCACCGGUUGGGGUUCACUACGGAAACCAAUCGGUCGAUCAUCAUUAAGUAAUUCAAUGUACGGUCGACAUCGUAUAUUCGGGACAGCUAAAGCUAAGUGGACACUGGUCUCUCAGGAACUGGAUGCCAGUGUUGAACGACAUCAAAAGUCAGCACGCUUAGAACAUGAUCUGCAAACAUGGCUUCGUGAGCGUGAGUGUUUAGGGCGUCGAUUGAAAUGUUUGCAGCGUCGCAGAGCUCGUAUUGAAGAAAAUGCCACGAAUGAUUCAGGACAAAUGGAGAAUUCAUCUAACUUGGCUGAAUUUAAUGAACAGAUAAGAAAUGUUACGGCUCAACUCGAAUCAGUUCAGGACUCUAUACAGGAAUGUCAGGCUAGCAUCAUUGAAUUUGAGAAAUGUGAAUCUAACACAUCAAAACUCACUGGUAAUAAACAGGUUAAAUCUCAAGAUUCAAGACAGAAUUUGUCUUCGUGUAGCAAUAAUCAAUCAAAUAAUGUGCAUGCGGUAUUCUCAAGUUGCACCUUAAGUGAAGCACGUUUUCUUCUUACUCAGCUUUUUGAAGCUGCUGUUUCUCGUGGCUUGCUAGCUGCCCGACUGCAACAGAGGGAAAUCCAGUUACAAGCCAGUUUAUCGAUGAAGGAACAGGAACGAGAGCAAGAAUUAGAACUUAUUAAGCUGGCUAUGCAAAAUGCUGGAAUAUCACCUGAUUGUAUGGGAACAGUGUUUUCUAUUAAUGAACCUCCAUUUCGAAAGCCUUUUUGUCCACAUAAUGGAAAAUCAAACAUUACUGGUUAUGAAUGUUGUCCAUAUACUCUUUCAUCUGCACCGAUUUCAUCAGAAGACUCCUCUGAUGAAUUACAGAAUGAAGACAAUCAAAUCCAGACGUAUUCUAACAUUUUAAGUAACCAAAAUAGGUUUCCAAUGUCCAGUUCUAUGUAUGCGAAUAUGGAACCAUCUAAAUAUGAUGCACAAGAGGCAUCUGGUGGUUAUGGUGCUUUGGGUAGCGCUAGUAUAAACGGAAGUGAUGCUGGUAACAAGGCUCUUAAAACAAAACGGCGUUUAGUGCAAGGUGAAGAAACAGCUGGUGUUUCUUCAAGUUCUUUCAUUCAAACUUCACAGUCAGUUUGCGAUGUUAUGCCACCUCCAAGUUCUACUCUUCGGCGCCCUCGAACUGUUCUAAAUAUAUCUUCAAAUACUGUUGCGAACAAUCCUUCUGCUCUUCGUUCUUCGUGUCCUCCCAGUGCUGUUCAUUCUCCUACAACUAGACGGAAUGUAACAAUCAUAGAUGGAAUUCCAAACUCUGCACCUUCAAACCUACAACUGUCAACAGCGCGUUCUGCGAUAGGAAAUGUAGGCAAUGUUCCUAAUGUAAUGUCGACUUCGUUGAUUUUACAGCCUAUUAACAACACUGACAGCGUAUCAGCUGAAAGUAGGCCCACUAGUCCCACGAGUAAAACAGCCCCCAUAGCUUCUCUAUGUCUAAUGGCCUCUGAACCUGAUGACGUCUUCAAUCGGCUUACCAGUGGAAUGUCAAAUUCGCCAAAUCCUACCAGAGGUUCGAUACGCCCCUUGACGAAAUUAAAUACUCCAAGCUUGAUUUCCGCUAAUAAUACAAAUACGAAUCUAAUUUCGAAUACCAAUACAUCAAAUCAGUCUUACCAUUUGUCUUCCUCUUCGUUAAGUCAAUGUUCAAACACUUUGACUGAUCUUGGUAAUAAUUUGUCUUCCCAAUCUAUAAGUCAGCCAUUGGCUUCAUUUUCCACAUCAUUUACUAUUUCGCAUGCAGCUCACGCAAACGUCAAUGGGUCUCAUAUAUCAUCCAAUAUGAAUACUACAUCGUCAUCAACAGCUCAUUCAUCUUCCCUCUUCCCUGCUCCUAUUGAAUGUACACAUGUAGCUAAGGGACAUUCAAAUGCUGUCCUAGAUGUUGAUGUGUUAAACAGCAUUAUGAUAACCGGUAGUAAAGAUCGUACUGCAAAAAUUUGGGAUUUAAAUACAAUGGAAGAAGUAGACACGUUUCAUGAUCAUCCUAAUAAUGUAACGAAAGUCAGAAUGUGUCAAAGAUCAAAUCUUAUUUUCACGGUUUGCUCGUAUUUCAUUAAAGUUUGGGAUCGCAGAGAUUCACGCAAAUGUAUUCGCACUUUAUUAUCAAGUGGGCUGAGUCAAGAAGGUUCUUUCGAAACAAAAGCUAUGCGUCGUCAAAAUAUUUGUCCACCUGGUGAAACUAAUAUCAUGGAUAUCACACUUGGCGGCCCUAGUACGUCAUUAAGUCACCUAAUGUUUUCAGCUACUGCCAAUUCUGUGAAGUUAUGGGAUUUAAGACGUUUUUAUUGUGUCGGCAAGCUACAUGGUAGUCAUCAAGCGCCUGUAAUGGUGUUAGCUGCCGCUCAAAAUUCACUUUCUCCGACUGAUAUUUCGGAACCCAGACUGACUGUGGUUACUGGUUCAAAAGAUCAUUACAUAAAAGUUUUUGAUGUGUCUUCAAAUGCAUCCGGUCUACUCACACCCAUUUAUGAUUUAGAGCCACCGCAUUAUGAUGGGAUCGAGUCGUUAGUAAUCCAUGAGAAUAUUUUGUUUUCUGGUUCCCGGGACGCUGCAAUCAAAAAGUGGAAUUUAGCCAAGCAAGGCCGCCAGGAUGUAUCACUAGCUCAAGCUCAUAAAGACUGGGUACAAGGUAUGGCUAUUAUAAAAGAUGGGUCAAAGCUUAUCAGUGGUUGUCGUGGUGGUACACUUAAAGUUUGGAAUGUCGAAGAUUGUACUUGUUUGGGAGAAAUCAGCAAUGCACAUGAAGGAGCUAUUAAUUGUGUAAGAACAUACGAAAAUCGUGUGUUCACAGCUGGCAAUGACAAAGAUAUUCGAUUUUGGAGAUUUCUGAGUUAAUUUACAGAGGAUUGUAUUAUUACUAGUACUAUUAUAUUCGUGCAUUUGCAAUAAAUACAAGAAUAAUGCUCCAAACAGAUCAUCUCUGCAAUAUAGUGACUACAAUUCAAUGUUAUAAUUUUUUUAAAUGUCUUGCCAUUUUCUUGAUUUCAAUAUAUUUUUGGAUACAGUGAUUUCUGUGAUACUGAGUGUAUAUGGUAACUUUCUUUGUUUUAGCUACUCUAUCAGAAAUUACUGCUUUCUUUAUCUUGAAUGAUGUCUGAACUUCUAAUAAUCAUUGUCGUCAGUUGCAACACAUUAUAUAUUCGUAAAUAAUUAUUUGUUUCUGAAUAACAUUUUCAGUGUGUAUUUUUUUAUCCUAUAAUAAUGAAUAAUUAUCAGAAUUUCUGAAGCAUUUUGAAACCUAUCGACUGAGUUUUUGCUUGAUUUAAUCCUAACUAAACACACGUAUAUAUUCAUAUUUUCCUCACUCUUUUUACAUUCUUGCCACUCACUAACAAUAACGGUGGUAAUAUCAAUAAUAAUAAUAUAAAAUAAAUGCAUCUUUGGUGUAACAGAAUGUAGAUCCUACUUCCGAGGUUUAGACUCACAAGUAGUUAUUUACCCAUUCUGAAACUAUCCAUUGUACUGUAUAACUGCUAUUGUAAUUCUCCUUAUUUUCUUUUGACUGGAAUUACACAAAUAUUUAAUUUUUACCGGCUUUAUCGUCAUUAUGCUAAAAAUAUAACUUCGGUUACUUGAAUAUUGAACUGAUGAACUAUAGAACGCAAGUUUGCUUAUCGUUAACAUCAUAAAUGAAUAUCUUUAUUUACAUUCUACUGUGCACAUUAUUUCUUAGUUCUGAGUAUUUAUUUUCCUUCUCUUGCUGUAUAUGGUUCAUUUAACGGCUUUUUCUCCUCUCACUAUAUCUUAUAUGUGCAUGCUUAUUUCCUUGCUAAAUCUCAUAUCAUUUCAUUCUUAACCUGUCCAUACAGUUCCUUGUGUGACAUAAUAUAUUCAUCAAUAAUGAAGUAUUACUACCGUUUUUGUGAAUUUGUUUUUAGUGUAUUUAUUUAUCGAUACACAAAGUUCCAGUUAUCUUUUCUAUUCAAAUUUAAGGAUAACAUCUUCACAACCAUAAUGUCAAUCACUAUCUAACAACCUUUUACUACUUACUAAUAAGAAGUAGUCUAAUAAGCUAGGUUAGUUUAUUCAUACUUAUCUCUCUGUAUCUAGUGUUUGAUAUAUUGCUUUAACAAGAGAAGUUAUCCCAGACAUUUUCUCUCAGUAAUAUGGAAUCGA